AUGGCUCUUCUGGUCUCACUUCUUGGAGGGAAUCAGGCCAUGACUUGGAUCCUGCUUCUGCUGCUGUCAGCUGCAUGUCUGCAAGCUGGUCACUCACCAGGAUCCAAGAAAAAAAGUACCUUUGGAGUCAACCAAUCAGCAAACCUCUCUGGUGUCCAAGGCGGCUCCAUCGAGAUCCCCUUCUCCUUCUCCUUCCCCUGGGAGAUGGCACAGAAUCCACAGAUGAGGAUUCUCUGGAAAUGGCAACACCUCCUUGGUGAAUUUAUCUACAACUCCUCCUCAGGUUACACACAUGAGCAUUUCAAGAACCGGCUCAUCCUGAACUGGACACAGCCUCAGACAUCUGGAGUCCUGAGAAUCCUGAACUUGAAGGAGAAGGACCAGACAAAGUACUUCUGCCAAGUUCAACUGAACACAACAGAAGGCAUGAAGGCUUUGCAGUCAAUUGAAGGGACCCAGCUGACCGUCACACAUGCCAUCAGCACCACCAUGCAGAGCCCCUCCAUCGUCACCUCUACAGUCACCACAGCUGGCCUGGAGGACACAGAGGACCAGAGAAAUCCUUCACUUGUGAACCUGGGAGCCACGGUCGGGGUGGUGGUGGCCACGGCUGUGCUCAUAACCCCUGUCUAUGUGUUGAUGGUCUUCCUCUGGUGGAAGCAAAGCUGUGGGACAUGGAGAAAGGCCAGCAGACUAAAGAUGAACCCCAGCCAGGGGAAAGCCUGUCAUCCCAAGGAGCAGGAUGACAUCAUCAUCUUCAUCUCCUCAUGUGCUGCCAACCUCAGCAUGAGCACUUUCUGUACCCCUGCCCAGGGGAGCCCCAAGAAGAGACUCUAUAGUGUCCUAAAGGCCCAGUGA